AUGCAGCUGCUUUUCCUUAUAGAACCAGCAACCCCAUUAGGGUUUACAGCUACUGAUGUGGAUGGUCCUCAGAUAACAUUAUCCUGGACCAAUGCUAUUGGUAUCAGAACUAGGUAUGAUGUCACAACUAGCCCAGUGCUAAGCCCUAGCAUUACAACAAGCAACAGUAUAACCUAUAGUAGUGGUGUAACAGAUGGACAACGGUACAACAUCACUAUUACCACUGUCAGUGGUACUGAGCUGAGUGAUCCACUGGAGGCUACAUUCAGGACAGUAUCGAAAACCCCAGAUCCUCCUACAACACCUACUUGUUCUGAAACCACAGAUAUGAGUAUCACUUUGACCUGGACAGCUCCAUCCUUCCCAAAGGGAGAUGUUCAAUACUACGUGGUUAACAGUGUAACAACUAAUGCUAUGUUUACUACCACAUCAAGUCUAGCUCAGUAUACAGUAACAGGCCUACAGCCAGCAACUAACUAUGCAUUCCGUGUGGCUACAGUGAAUGAUGCUGUGUCACCCCAUUCCAACCAGAGUUCAUUUAGCACACAGGUGGGAUGUUGGACCAGAGCUGCUAUGUCACAAGAACCAAAUACCUUAAUUGUAUCACAGGAACAGAGUCGACAGUUCACCCUUAACUGGACGAAACCUUCCAUUACCAAUGGCAAUCUAAACGGAUACAGACUGACAGUGUUUGAGGGGAGCACGUGUGUCCAAGAAGUCAUCUUCAAAUGUGAAACCUGUACAGGGUUUACAAGUUUUGUACAUACAAGUUCAUGCCAACUGACAGCCAAACAAUCAGUGGUCAUUCCGCCUGCAGACAUAGAAGGCUACACUUACACUGUGGAGAACCUCAAUCCAUAUAUCAACUACACUAUUCAUGUGUUGGGUGUUAAUGCAGCAGGGGAUGGUCACCCUAAUAUAAUGUAUGGCAUGACAAAACAGGAAGUUCCACAGAAUCCCACUGCUUUGACAGCUGAGGUUUUGAGUAGUACAGAAAUACGUGUGUCUUGGGCCAUCAGUGAUCCAGAGCCUGGACCGACCAGUUAUACCUUGUAUAUAAUACCAGAAUCACCAGAGCAAAUUAAAACUAUAACCAUACAAGGAUUCUCCACCAGGACGUACAAUGUGACAAGCUUACAGGAGUACAGAAUUUACCAGUUCAAUCUGACAGCCUCUACUGUAUUGGGGACAGCUGUAUUCCAACAGUCAUUACCAAGCGCCAAAACAAAUGCUGCAGCUCCUGGACAAGUAAGCAACUUUCAAGUAGUUCGCCCAGAUGGUCCAAACUUUAUAACAGUGAUGGUGUCCUGGGAACUUCCAGCAAUAUUGGACAGAAAUAGUGACAUAAUCAAAUACAUGUUCUCACACAACUCUACUGGUGGGAAUAUGAAUUCAGCUCCAGAAGAAAUACUGAUCAGUGGUAAUAUCAAGACUGUCAAGAGGAAUCUGGAAGUGGUACCACAUAAUACAUACUACAUUGAGGUGUAUGCCGUAGGUACUGACACAGAUGGAAUACUCUAUAUAGGACAAAAAAGCAUCAGUAUAUACUUAGCCCCUAUCACUGGUAAGUAUCUUAGUGCAUAUCAGGCUGGUAUUGUGGCAAGGAAUUCUUUCUUACUCUAAUACAUUGAUAAAAUGUACAUAUAAUUAGCAUUUUAUUACAUAAACUAUUAUAUAUCGUCAUUGUCAUUACAUCACUUAUUAUUAUAUCUAAUAUUGUUUACAAUUGUGUCAUGUGUCUUGUGUUUGUCAAUGUCCAGUAUCUGGUAUUGUCCUGUGUAUUCGUCUGUGUUUACUGUUGCGUCCAGCGUGUGUCAGAAAGUGAAAUGUAUGCUUGUGAGAUUUUACGUAAAAAUGAAGAAUGAUUCAUGUCUACAAGAGAGGAAUGUUUAACUGCGGUACUCGUGCCAUGCAUAUAUAGUAGUUGACAACAGUAACUCCUUGGUCAACACUGAAAUACUUAAAUACACACAGUGGAUGGUAUUUCCGAACUCGUGCGAUUCUGUGGAUCAAAGGUAAGCGUCUUUACAAACAUUUAAUUGACUUAAGAUGGUUAUGUUUAAUGCAUGAUAUUAUGUUAAUGCUCAUAUACAUUUAUUCAGUUAUCUGCUUUCAUUGAUGAAACAUCUUUAGUUUACCUGGUCUGGACAACAAAGUGAGAUACCGCGGUGUCCAUCGUUUGUAGGUCGGUCUGCCCGUUAACUUGUUUUAUCUUCAGUUCGCUACUCAUUGCAAACAGCUAAAUGACAAUUGAUGUUAUGUCAUUAUACAUUUACAUUACCUGUACAAUGAUGUUUAAGCUUUCUUGCUUUGUUAACAAAAUUUAUAUUUAUACUGUUAAGGCCCUUGUGCCUCUUUUUACCUGUAAUGGUGAACUUUGAAGAUAAAAACAAGAAAAUUACAAAGACUUGCAUGCUGUUUAUUGUCCUAUCAUUUAUAAUUAUUUUGCUUCUUUUUAAAUAACAUGAACACAAUUCUGGAAUGCUACAUAAAAGCAUGGAGAUGAAGACUGCUUUUGAAUUACGUGUGGGAUAAAAUGACAUCAGUUGAUGGCAGAGAAACAGUUUCUUCAGCAGAAGCAACAGAUCCUGUCUACACAGACAUGUUUCUCUUCUUUCCUUACUGAACAUUUCUGUAUGCAUACACAGUAAAGAAGGCGUCUCUUUUUAAGGAACCAAUAAAAUAAUUGAUGACAGACAAACAUUUCUUGCCCACCGGACAGAAAUAUCCACAUUUCCGGUGAAGGUUUCAUCAUGGACAAGAAUCGACCACGAUUAUGAAAUAUCUGCUUGAAGAUAUUAAGUAGACUUGGCAAACCACUUAGAUGUGAACAAAGCAAUGCAGAUUUUGUAUUUGCUAAGAAAGCCUCCGUUGUACGUCCUCGUCAGGAUUUGGCAAUGGAGGCAUCCAUUGUAAGUGAAGAUGGUGACAGAAGAGAAGCUGUCUAGAAAGCAACAAGAGAAAACAACAACAUUUCAGGGACAACUUUUCAUUAUCUGGGAGCAGUGGAAGUUAAAAAGAAGGAUUUUAGUACAUUGUUCACAUUGCAAGCGAUGCACACAUUGCCUUUGGAAUAGUAAUAUAUAUAUAUAUACUGGAGGAUACUGGAGGAUGGUAUAUUGUCUGAUUACAUACCGAACUAAAAUGAUGUAAAAACAGCAUUUUAACUUUUUUUCUUGCUGCUUUUUAUUGUGAAUUGUUUUAAAACUUAAUUAUCCUAUGUUGUGGCAGAUGUGGGGAGCAAUGAUCAGCUUUACUGUUAUUUCUAUGUAACCCAAUGUGUCCGGUAAACAGACUUGCUUUUUCCUUAUCAUAAUUUAUACCAAAGAAUCAAUAAGUCAAUGUUCUCCUCUCAAACUGGACUUUUCGGAGCCUCUCAAUUACAGUUAAGGUCACUGUAAUCAAAAGGUUCUUACUUCACUAGAGUUGAGGUUACUGAAAAAUGUCAAUCUUUAUUUUGAAAUGGAAAGAAACCUUUUGAUAAGUGAUUAAAAGUUUCGUAUGUUUUUCUUACGGUCGAGCCUUUAAAAAUGUCUUGAUGUCAACAUUCAUUUAGAUUCAAAUCUUUGAAUGGUAUAAGAUUUGGACACUAACAGUUGGAAAUAACAAAGCAUUGAAAUGUAGUUACAAUAUGACAGGAAAUUAUAUAAACAAUUCCUCUCCACAGCCCAAUUGUUUAACUCUAACAAGAAGAUAAUAAAAAAAGAAAGAAAAUGAGCAUAUUUUCUUCAU